CUAUGACACUUGGGUUCAUGCCAAUGAAAUUGAUGCUGAAAUUGAGGAUCCUCCAAUUCCUGAAAAGCCAUGGAAGGUUCACGCCAAGUGGAUUUUGGACACAGAUAUAUUCAAUGAAUGGAUGAAUGAAGAGGAUUAUGAGGUAGAUGAGAACAGGAAAUCAGUGAGUUUUCGACAGAGAAUCUCCAUGAAAAACGAAGAGCCUGUACGUAGUCCGGAGAGGAGAGACAGGAAAGCAGCAGCAAGUACAAGGAAGAGAAAGCAUUCUCCUUCUCCACCCCCCACUCCUGUGGAGUCAAGAAAAAAGACAGGGAAGAAAGGACAAGCAGCCUUGUAUGGGAAAAGGAGAGGGCAGAAGGAAGAAGAUGAGCAAGAAGACCUUACAAAGGACAUGGAGGAUCCCACGCCAGUACCUAAUAUAGAAGAAGUGGUACUUCCCAAAAAUGUGAACCCAAAGAAAGACAGUGAAAACACGCCUGUGAAAGGAGGAACGGUAGCAGACCUCGAUGAGCAGGAUGAGGAGACAGUGGCAACUGGAGGAAAGGAAGAUGAAGAUCCUAACAAAGGCGAUCAAAGUCGGUCAGUUGAUCCAGGUGAAGAUAAUGUCACGGAACAAACCAACCACAUCAUUAUUCCGAGCUAUGCAUCUUGGUUUGACUACAACUG